GCUUAUUUUCAACGGCGUACCCUUCGUGCGCAGUCCAACAUGACGAAACGAAAGCGGAGAAGCGAAGAGGAGCCACCCGCUGACUACGGCCUUGGUGCAACGCUUGCGCUGCUGAGGGAAGAUGAGAAAACGGAAAACAACACGAAGACCGUCAAUGACGACGAUGAAGGCUGGACAGUCGUCGCAGCGCACAAAAAGAGGCGGAAGCAACACGAUGAUAGGAGAGAGCAUCGCAAGCGCUCCCCAUCGCCCCGCUUUGAACACGGUCCUCAGCGUUCCACAUCCUCCGAAUCAGAGCCUGAACAACGCGAACAAGCUAGCGAGCGCAAGGGACCUUCCACAGACGACCCGCCUCCUCUCGAGAAUCCAUUUGCCCCGAAGAACGAGACUACCGGCGAGCAUGCGUCUCGCCCGGCCAAUCCAUUCAGUACGCGGGACAAUAACGGCGACACGCCCCGCCACAAUUCUCCGCCUGCGCACAAUGAUACCAAAGGAAAAAACCGACAAGAGCGCCGAAGAGAGCGCAAGCUUGAGCGACACUAUCCAGCGAUCGAGCAUUCUCAUCAUGCUCGUCUCCAAGCGCCUGUGAAGAUCAUCGACUUGCAAUCACUGGUAUUGUACAUUCUCGCAGAUGGCAACGCUCCUCAAUGGGUGUCUGUGCAGAGUCGCGCGAGCAUACACCAGGUUGUUGUUCUUAUGGUCCCCGGCUUGGAGCCUGGUAUGUUCAACGGGGAGGUGUCCCUAGAACCGCCGGCAUCCUCUAGUGACGUCGUUGCUGCUUCAAAGGACCCCAAGCGGCUACAUCUGUUUCCGGACGAUUACUAUCCGGUUGCACUCAAGCCACACAGGCUGCCUGCUGCUUUAAAGCCCCUAUCUGAUAUCUUUCCUCACGUCUGGCCCAUCAAAGCAUCAGGUGAUCAUCGGGCCAAUCAGUAUCACAAAGUACAUUCACCGGUGCACACGAUGCUAACCUCGCAAAUUCCCAGGACAAGAGAAGAAAGGCAGCUUAAGAAGAGCGGAAGCCACAAAGGACCGCUUCCUCAGAAUUCUAAUAAUUGGAACAACAAGCGCACGCCUAUGACGGACUACAUUGCCAAUCUCAUUGAGCAAGAGGAGAACGAAUUUGUCGUUCAUCCGGCCUGGUUCACAACGCCUGAGUCCAAAGAUGUCGCAUUUCAGAAACGCAAGGCGGCUAAACAGACAACCGAAGAUGGAUGGGUCGACACUAAUGUUGCCUGUCUCGAAGACGGACAAGUGCCCGAAAACGAACUUGAACAAGGCAGUGUGACGGCUGGAAGGCGAAUCCUCGCCAUCGACUGCGAGAUGUGCAAGUCUGAGAAUGACGAACUUGUCCUUACUCGAGUCAGCUUGCUUGAUUGGGAUGGCAGUGUCGUGCUUGACAAGCUAGUCAAGCCCGAUGUGACAAUAAAGGACUACCUCACCCAAUGGUCCGGCAUUACACAAGCCAUGCUCCAAGAUGUCGCGACCACUCUGUCGGACAUCCAAAAGGAACUAUUGGAUAUCGUCACGCCUCGUACCAUUCUUGUGGGACAUUCGCUCAACUCGGACCUCAAUGCACUCAAGCUCACGCAUCCUUUCUUGGUUGACACUGGGAUACUUUUUCCGCAUGCGCGGGGGCCACCAUACAAACAGUCCUUGAAGUGGCUUGCUCAGAAAUAUCUCCAGAAGGAAAUCCAAAAGGGUACCAACGGUCACAAUAGCGUGGAGGAUGCGCGUACCUGCCUCGACUUGGUCAAGCAGAAAUGCGAACGAGGACCGAAGUGGGGCAGUAGCGAGACAAAUGCUGAGUCCAUUUUCAAAAGAUUGGGACGAAGUACUCGCCCAAAGUCCACUAAUGCUUCACGAGCAGGCGCCGUCGUUGACUGGGGCGAUCCGAAGCGAGGACACGGUACCCAGGCACAGGUAUCAAUGGGGUGUAAGAGCGACUCCGACGUCGUCGAAAGCAUCGAGCACGCCCUCAAUGGUCUUGCGGAGGGCAAAGAUGGCGCCACUGAAAAAGUGGACUUCAUUUGGGGACGCCUGCGCGAGCUUGAACUAGUUCGUGGAUGGUGGGACGAGGUCAGGGCGUUCGAGGAUGUAGAAGCUCUUCGGCGGACGGCGUUGCAGAGGCUCGGACUUGGCUCAGAAGAAGACGAGGACGUGGAAGUGUCUGGCGCCGAGCUCGGCGAUGCCGUCUCUAGGACCAUCAGCCAUAUUGUCCAGAUCUACGACUCUUUGCCACGCUGUACCGCAUUCAUUGUGUAUAGUGGAACCGGGGACCCUCGAGAAGUUCGCCGCCUACAGGCGAUGCAGCAGCAAUACCAACGCGAAUACCGAACAAAGAAUUGGGACAACCUCAGCGUCAAGUGGACGGAUACGGAGGUGCGGGCGCUCUCCGACGCCUGUCAAAGCGCCCGGGAUGGUGUCGGGUUCAUGGUAGUGAAGUGAGAAGAUUAUUUGUGUCUCACCUGUACUACAGGCGAUCAGGCCGACGGUGGCACAGUGUUUCAAGCUGAAGUGGCAUGCACCUCGAUAUAGGCGCAUCAGGAGUAGGAUCGGGCUUUACGGACAUUGGGCCUAAUAUAGGGCAAUGGAGCAGGGCAUUAUAUACGGAUGUGCAUUGGCGCGCCGGCUGUGUUGCAUGGGCCAAAUGCGCUAUGGAGGCAAAAGCCGGCUGCAAAGCGAAUUGAAACGCGGAAGCACGAUCAAAGAGAUGCAGACAGGCUUUACGCAAAG